CAGCAAGCGUGCCUAGAGAGCUUGGAGCUUGGAGCUUGUCUUGUACCUCGUGCUCACCUUGAACUUCAACUUCAACUCCAAUUCAGCUUUCAACUUCAACCUCACGUCCAUUUCAAUUCCCCACUUGCUUCCAACUUGCAGCAUUGUCUCUCAGAACGAGAAAUAUCACGAUCUUGGGACUGACUGAUCUUGAAGAAACACCCUUCCAGGGACCUGGGAUUGAGGCUGAGGAGAGGGGGUUACAGUAACGUUGGAUAUUUACCUACUGAUUAAGCAGGAAGGGAGGGAAGGGAUUGUUUGGAAACCUCGAGAAGGAGAAGUAUUUUGGGAGGAAGAGAAAUAAAGCGAAGAUGACGACGAGAUAUCGUGUUGAGUAUGCGUUGAAGACGCAUAGGAGGGAUCAAUUUAUCGAAUGGAUCAAAGGCCUCCUCGCCGUCCCCUUCGUACUCCACUCCCAGCCAACAGGUGUAUUUGAGACUCGAAGCCACACCGUCGAGCAAAUGGCCAAGUUAGCCCAUCGACGAUACGCCGAAAUCAUGCUCGACGUCGAGAGAAUGAUUGAUGAUCACAUCGCCCACCAACAAGUCGGACUGCAAGGCCAAUCGAAGCUCAAACUCCUCGUUCCCAGUAUCGGUACAUUCUUCACCCGUCUACCCCUCGCAGAUGCAUUUCGGUAUCAGGACAGAAAGCGAUUCAUUUCAUCAAGACGUUUUGUCCCGCCUUCAUUUAACGAUAUCAGACUUAUUCUGAAUACGGCGCAGCUUAUGGGUGUUACCGCUACGGGACCCCUGCAUCUUGCGACGUUUGAUGGUGAUGUUACGCUGUACGAUGAUGGGCAGAGCUUGGAGCCGAGUAAUCCAGUCAUUGAGAAGAUUAUCUACCUCAUGAGCCAUGACACCAAAAUCGGCAUCGUCACUGCAGCUGGAUACACCGAAGCAGAGAGAUACUAUGGUCGCCUUCACGGUCUCCUGGAAGCUGUCAAAGCCUCCAAAAUUCUCACCGAAGCCCAAAAGCAGAAUCUGAUAGUAAUGGGUGGCGAAUCUAACUUCCUUUUCCACUACUCACCAACCUCUCCCUUCCUCCUCAGUCACCUCCCCCGCCGACAAUGGAUCCUCCCCAGCAUGUCCACCUGGACCCAGCCAACAAUAACCGCUCUCCUCGAUCUCGCCGAAUCCUCCCUCCGCGAAUGCGUCACCAACCUCUCCCUCUCGGCAACCAUCCUGCGAAAGGAACGAGCCGUUGGAAUCAUCCCGUCCAUCCCAGGCGCUAAAUUCCCAAGAGAGAGUCUGGAGGAGACAGUGUUGGUCGUGCAGAAGAAAUUGGAGAUGAGUGAGGUGGGCAGACAAUUGCCGUUUUGUGCGUUCAACGGUGGGAAUGAUGUCUUUGUGGAUAUUGGCGAUAAGAGCUGGGGUGUGUUGGUCUGUCAGGAGUACUUUGGUAGAGGCUCCCAUGGGAAUGCUGGGGGAAAGGGCGAGGAAGGAGAAGCGAUUCGAGGAGAUAGGACGCUGCAUGUAGGUGAUCAGUUCUUGAGUGCUGGGAGCAACGAUUUCAAGGCGAGGGUUGUGGGCACCACAGCGUGGAUUGCGAGUCCGUCUGAGACUUGCGAGUUGUUGGAUGAGUUGGCGGUUAUUAUUGGGGGAGAGAAGAAGGAUGGGAAGGGAAAGGGAGAUGAUGAAGGGUUGGAGGAGGAUUUGUUGAGGAGGGUUGAUGGCUUGUUUGAGAAGCAUCCCAUGCCUGCUGCUUGAGUAAGUGCAUUUUGGAGAUUGCCCAAUCAUUUGACGGUUUGGUCUAGGGUGAGGCGUCCGAAGGGGUGGGUGACAUAGCUGGAGUCCUGAUCUGAAAAUUUGAUGAUAUGAGGUAUGGGGGGUGGAACGAGUGACUCUCACAGCAAGAAUUUCAUUGUCCGAGAAGCACAUGCGCCUGUCUAUCGGAAGAAACCCCACAAAGUCACCGUGGGGAGUCUGAGCUGCAGCAUUGCCUAGUUGUGGGGUAGGGAGAACUGAAGUCUAUUGAAUAGGUUG